AUGUCAACUGAAACCAUACCGUUAAAACGUAUUACUUUAUAUAAAAAUGAUUUAGGGUAUUUUGAACGAACAAUCUCAUGUUCAAAAUUACAAUCACAUAUUCGUGUUGCUAAGAAGCAUAAGAAAUUAGUAAUAGAUACAUUAUGUACAACAGCUAGUACAGUAACAUUUGAUACAGAGGAACAUGAUAAAUAUGUUGUCGAAAAUACAAUUGAGCAAUAUUUUAACUUCAAUGAUUUGUCAUCAUCAACUUCAUUGGCUAGUUUUCUUAAAACAUGUAUUGGAACUGAACUAAUAUUAUUUAUUCGAGGUGAAGAUAAAGAAUAA